GAAGAAAUAAUACUUUUGUGCACCAAGAAGGUUGGGCAAAAGGAGACCAACCCUGCAAGAUGACAGAUUUUUCCAGGAUUCCUGAUUACUACGAACUUGGAUCAAAAUAUGAAGGUCUAGAUGAAAUUUGUGUUCAGUGUAUGGAAGUCAUUGAAUUUUUGGCCAGAGUGAACGCAAAAUUACUCAGGGACAGCAAAUGCGACACUGAAUCUGUCUUCGUCAACCAGGAACUUUCGCAGAAACUAACAAAACAAAUUGAAGAUCCCCUCUUCGUCGUAGGAAGAACGAUACCUGAAUGGUGUUUCGCAAUUCCUUCGUUGACUCCUAAUAUGUGAGCAUACAGUCGUUUGUACGCAUGUAAGAGCUCAAACAAUUUCUCACAUUCUUCGUUAUCUUUAUUCUUUCUUCACAAACUGUAGAUUCAGUUACGAUUCUAGAAAACUUUUUCUCGAUCGUGUCGCUUUCGGUGUUUCGCGAAGUACACUACGACAGCAAGACUCGAAGGUCGAUGUUGGUCGUAUACGACAACGAAUGACAACACUUAGAGCAAGAGCAGUCGAAUUGGUUGGUGAAGCAUUUUCAGCUGGGGCGGAAGAUCCAACAGCAUUGCAGCUACAAGCUGAUGAGUUGUAUGGAAUGGAAGAGGUAUGAUGAAACACCUCGUUCUCGUAUUUUCUUUCAGAUAUUGCGUGUUGUUGAACUCACACAA